UACAGAUGAUGAUUUACAAUUUAUACACAUACAUGCAGAUGUUACUGUAGUGAGAGUAAAACCUGUCGUCACUUUACUCUGUUCUUGUAUGGCGGUAUCCAUUCGUCGAAUAAAAAUCUGGAUGGGAGAAAAAUGCUGUUAUUUCAUUGUCCUGUCCGUUAUCUAUUUUGUAUUCUGGGGUUAUAUGGCCGGACUAUUCGCUCGGCUGUUUCGAGAACCUCGGUGUAUUAUACCUGAUGAAGACAUGGAAAAGAUCGUACAGCAAGAGAUAGCCGAACACUACCCUGAGGUACAGAACUAUCUUCUGAAAUCUACUAAUAAGUCUAAAGAAGCUUCUUAUUGUGCUUGGCCGCCUUUGGAAUUCGAAGGCAGACGUCCUGUAAACAAAGCCGUUUUAUCCUGGGAUAAACUAGAACAAAAGUUUGUUUUCAUGGCGGAUGGUCAUUAUAAGCCAAAGUUAUGUAUCGCAUACCAAAAAGUAGCCAUUAUUGUGGUUGUAUACAAAACUCCAGAAAGUGAGAAACUAUUUCAGAUCUUCCUUAACAACAUACUACCAAAGUUACGUCGACAACAACUUGAGUUUGGAAUUUACGCUGUAAGAGAGCAGAUGCCAGAUAUUCCAAAUCGAGGCUUGCUGUUCAACAUAGGGUUCCAGAAAGCCAUGACCAAUAUGAAGUAUGAUUGUGUGAUAUUUCACGAUGUUGAUGUGAUACCAGAAGAUGACAGGAAUUAUUAUGCCUGUGAAUAUUAUCCACGUCACAUGGCAAAGAGGAUAGACAGAAAUAAAUAUACGCUUCCACAUAAAGACUGGGCUGGUGGUAUCAUUUCCAUGAAUCCGGAGCAGUACACACAAAUAAAUGGAUGGUCCAAUAUGUAUAUUGGAAACCACACAGACAACGAAGACAUUUAUAGAAGAAUAGUGACCCAUUAUGACUUAGUUCGAACUGAAGAUAAAUACUCGUACUGUGGCAGUACAUCUGAUAAAACAGAACUUCCUAACAAGGAAGGAUGUUGGUCGUUUGAGAAAACCGGUAGAACCUGGCAAAUCGAUGGUCUCAACAACACAGCAUAUGAGAAAGCAGAAAUACUUAACAAAAAACUCUUCACUUUAGUAGAUAUCGGAUUAUUUUCUCAAAAAAUCAGGAAUAGUUACUUGAAACGAAUGCGAAAUAUAACAAACUUCGACAGUCUUCCGAAUGCAACACUGACGCUAAACAACAUGGUCUGUGAGCAGUUACUUGGAAGAAAGCUUGAUUUUAAUACAAUAUUAAAAACAUAA